GCGCCGUAGAUUUAAACCGCCAUGAUACACCUGCCAUUUCAUCUAAACUAACGCAGAGAUUACCCAGCAUAGUAUCUUGGUGGAUUUUUCUACAGCAACAAUCAUGCCCCCUCGUAGGAAGCCACAGGCUCCUGCCGCGCGAUCUGCGCACCCUUCAGAUAUGGCAGCGAAUUCGAAGAGAACAGCUGCAGGUUCUUCGGCAACACAGAAGCGCCCAGCUCUAUCGAAACAGCCAUCAACCCCUACACAACCAGACCCAACUGUUGAGGGGUCGGAUACUCAGGCAAACGAACAUCCGCACGUACCAUAUCGUCACCGAGAUCCUUUCGAUGCGUUACUUGAGCCCUUUUAUUAUAACAAGUCUUUGACAGACCCAAUCAACACGGCCAAGGAUAAAUGGAAUUUGCUGCCGGCGUUCUUGAAGGUGAAGGGGUUGGUCAAACAGCACAUUGACUCAUACAACUACCUCGUGGAAGUACAGUUGAAAAAGAUCGUUGAGUCGAGCUCUAUCAUCCGUAGUGAUGUGGACCACAACUUUUAUAUUAAGUUUACCGACAUUUAUCUUGGAGCCCCACGACGCGCGGACGAGCAGCAAGAUGCCGGCCCGGCAUUUACAGGAUCGACCGUAAGUCCACAGGAAUGUCGACUUCGUGAUACCACAUACGCAGCCCCUAUUCAAGUUGAUUUCGAAUAUGUGCGUGGUCGUCAACGGGUGAAGAAGACGGGUUACUCCAUUGGCCGAAUGCCGGUUAUGCUUCGUAGCUCGAAGUGUGUUCUGUCCGAUAAGACUCCAGCGGAGAUGACAGUAUUGAAUGAAUGUCCUUUGGAUCCCGGCGGCUACUUUAUCGUGAAUGGAACCGAGAAGGUUAUUCUUGUUCAAGAACAGUUGAGCAAGAACAGAAUCAUUGUAGAAACGGACCCUAAGAAGGAAAUAGUUCAGGCGUCGGUGACUAGUUCUUCCAAUGAGCGCAAGUCCAAGAGUUACAUCGUUCUCAAGAAAGACAAACUUUAUGUGAAGCAUAACGUUCUUAGUGAAGAUAUCCCUAUCGUCAUCUUGCUCAAGGCAAUGGGUAUCAACACGGACAAGGAGAUGUUGCUUCUUGUUGCCGGUAUUGAUAAGGUAUACCAGGAGGACUUUGCGAUCAAUUUUGAAGAGGCCAUCAAACUAGGCAUCUACACACAGCAGCAAGCCUUGGAUUGGAUUGGCGCUCGGAUUAAGAUAAAUCGUAAACAAGCUACUUAUCGCCGGACCCAUGUGCAAGAAGCUGUUGAAGCCAUCGCAUCUGUCAUCAUUUCUCACAUUGAAGUCAAAGACAUGAACUUUCGGCCAAAGGCAGUCUACGUUGCCCAUAUGGCCCGCCGUGUUCUCAUGGCUAAGAACGAUCCUUCGUUGGUAGAUGACCGUGACUACCUUGGUAAUAAAAGAUUGGAAUUGGCCGGUCAGCUACUGGCUCUACUUUUCGAGGAUCUUUUCAAGAAGUUCUGCUUCGAUAUUAAAAUGAAUGUUGACAAAGUUUUGAAUAAACGCAACAGAGCCGAGGCUUUCGAUGCCUGGACUGUUAUGAGUAUGCAUGGAAACCAUAUCACACAAGGCAUGAAUCGUGCUAUUUCGACAGGCAACUGGAGUUUGAAACGUUUCCGUAUGGAGCGUGCUGGUGUUACUCAUGUGCUCAGUCGACUGAGCUAUAUCGCAGCUCUGGGCAUGAUGACCCGUAUCAGCAGUCAGUUCGAAAAGACUAGAAAGGUCAGUGGUCCCAGAGCUCUCCAGCCGUCUCAAUUCGGUAUGCUCUGCCCUGCAGAUACCCCGGAAGGUGAAGCCUGUGGUCUCGUGAAGAAUUUGGCGCUUAUGACCCAUAUCACGACGAAUGAUGAAGAGGGCCCGAUCCGGAAUUUGAUAUUUAUGCUAGGAGCAGAAGACAUCUCGACACUUGGUGGAAAGGAGCUCUACGGUCCUGGUUGUUAUACGAUCUCAAUUAACGGAACACCGAUGGCACUCACUCGUCGUCCUAAGUAUUUCCUUGAUGCUUUCCGGAGAUUACGUCGAAUGGGUAGAAUUUCGGAGUUUGUCAGUAUUUACAUCAACCAUCACCAGCGCGCUGUCCACGUCGCUACCGAUGAUGGACGAAUUUGCCGGCCCCUCAUAGUUUGUGAGAACGGCAAGUCUAGAGUCAAAACGCAUCACUUGAGAAAAUUGCGCGACGGAACAAUGUCGUUCGACGAUUUCCUCGCUCAAGGCUUGGUUGAGUACCUGGAUGUCAACGAAGAGAACGAUUCAUUGAUUGCAAUCUAUGAAAAAGACAUUACUGAGACUACGACUCAUUUGGAAAUUGAGCCAUUCACCGUCUUGGGUGCUGUCGCUGGCCUGAUCCCUUACCCACACCACAAUCAAUCUCCACGUAACACCUAUCAAUGUGCUAUGGGUAAACAAGCUAUUGGCGCAAUCGCAUCGAACCAAUUUCUUCGCAUUGAUUCAGUUCUCUACCUUAUGGUGUACCCUCAGAAGCCCAUGGUAAAGUCCCGCACAAUUGAGCUUACGAAGUACGAUCAAUUGCCAGCUGGUCAAAACGCAAUUGUUGCAGUGAUGAGCUAUUCUGGUUACGAUAUCGAGGAUGCUUUGGUUCUGAACAAGGGCUCUGUUGAUCGUGGUUUCGGACGUUGUCAAGUGUUUAAAAAAUGUGUUACCAACUUGAAGAGCUAUUCCAAUGGUACUAAGGACAUCUUAAUGCCACCAGAGUAUGACAAUGAUGCCCCCAUCAGGAAACAUGCUCUUCUUGAGAAUGAUGGUUUGGCUGCAGUGGGUGAAAAGGUUAACGCUGGCGAAGUCUACAUCAACAAAUCUACCCCUGAUCAAUCCCUCGCCUCCGGAUUCUCGGGCCCUGAUAUGAAUCGGCCUGUCAAAUACACGCCCACGCCUAUGACAUAUAAGCUGCACGACCCUGCAUACAUCGAUCAAGUUUUGGUCUCUACGACGGAAAAUGAAAACCAACUCGUUAAGGUGCUCACUCGCCAGACCCGUCGUCCCGAAGUAGGUGACAAGUUCUCCUCUCGUCAUGGACAAAAGGGUGUCGUGGGUAUCAUCGCCGACCAGGCCGAUAUGCCUUUCACAGACCAAGGAAUCAACCCCGACAUCAUCAUGAAUCCCCACGGUUUCCCCUCUCGAAUGACAGUAGGGAAAAUGUUGGAACUAGUCGCUGGAAAGGCGGGCGUCAUGGCGGGCCACCACGGUUACGGAACCUGCUUCGGUGGCAGCCCUGUCCAAGAAAUGUCCCAGAUCCUUAUAAACAACGGCUUCAGCUACGGUGGUAAAGAUUAUCUUACCUCGGGCAUUACUGGCGAGGCGCUUCCGUUCUAUGUCUUUACCGGCCCCAUUUACUACCAGAAGCUUAAGCACAUGGUCCAGGACAAGAUGCACUCUCGUGCUCGCGGUCCCCGUGCUAUCCUUACCCGUCAGCCAACGGAAGGUCGUUCCCGUGAUGGUGGUCUUCGUCUAGGUGAGAUGGAACGCGAUUGUCUUAUCGCCUACGGAACCAGUCAACUUCUCCUCGAGCGACUGAUGAUAUCGUCGGAUCGUCAUGAGAUCGAUGUUUGCGAGCAGUGUGGCUUCAUGGGGUACUUGAACUGGUGCCAGCGGUGUAAAUCUUCGCGGAGUGUGGUCAAGAUGGCCAUCCCGUACGCCGCUAAACUUCUUAUCCAGGAAUUGAUGAGUAUGAACGUUACGGCAAGGUUGAAGCUUGAGGAUGAGUUCCCAGAAACAAGGGGAAUGUGAUUUAGGAAUGCAAAAAGAAAAAAGGGUCCAUACAGGGGUUACUAAAAGUCAAAGAAGGCGUUUGUAUAACUUGAUUGUGUACAUAUCGUUUGCAUGCAUAGCGCACGGUGAUUUGUUUGACUUUUUGAUGAAAACUGAGGU